AUGAAGGCGGCGGCCGCGGUGCCCCGGCUGCGCCCGCACGACAACCGCACCAUGGUGGAGAUCAUCGCGGACCACCCCGCCGAGCUGGUGCGCACCGACAGCCCCAACUUCCUGUGCUCCGUGCUGCCCUCGCACUGGCGCUGCAACAAGACCCUCCCGGUGGCAUUCAAGGUGGUGGCCUUAGGAGAGGUGCCUGAUGGGACAGUGGUUACUGUCAUGGCUGGAAAUGAUGAAAACUAUUCCGCAGAGCUGAGAAAUGCCUCUGCUGUGAUGAAGAACCAAGUGGCCAGGUUUAAUGACCUGAGAUUUGUGGGCAGAAGUGGAAGAGGGAAGAGCUUUACCUUGACAAUAACUGUCCUUACAAAUCCCCCUCAAGUUGCUACAUACCACAGAGCUAUCAAGGUUACCGUGGAUGGACCAAGGGAACCAAGGAGGCACAGACAGAAGCUUGAUGACUCUAAACCUAGUUUGUUCUCUGAACGCCUCAGUGAUUUAGGGCGCAUUCCUCAUCCCAGUAUGAGAGUAGGGGUCCCGACUCAGAGCCCACGGCCCUCUCUGAACUCUGCACCAAGUCCUUUUAAUCCACAAGGACAGAGUCAGAUUACAGACCCCAGACAGGCACAAUCAUCCCCUCCAUGGUCAUAUGACCAAUCUUAUCCAUCCUACUUGAGCCAGAUGACUUCACCAUCCAUUCAUUCCACAACUCCCCUCUCCUCCACACGAGGCACGGGGCUUCCUGCCAUCACCGAUGUGCCCAGACGCCUCUCAGGUGCUUCAGAGCUGGGCCCAUUUUCAGAUCCCAGGCAGUUCACAAGCAUUUCAUCCCUCACUGAGAGCCGGUUCUCCAACCCACGAAUGCACUAUCCAGCUACCUUUACCUAUACACCGCCAGUCACCUCAGGCAUGUCACUGGGUAUGUCAGCAACCACUCACUACCAUACCUACUUGCCACCACCCUACCCAGGCUCUUCCCAAAACCAAAGUGGACCAUUCCAGACCAGCAGCACUCCAUAUCUCUACUAUGGCACUUCAUCAGGAUCAUACCAGUUCCCCAUGGUGCCGGGGGGAGACCGCUCCCCUUCCAGAAUGCUUCCUCCCUGCACCACCACAUCGAACGGCAGCACACUAUUAAAUCCUAACUUGCCGAACCAGAAUGACGGUGUGGAGGCAGAUGGAAGCCACAGCAGCUCCCCAACUGUUUUGAAUUCUAGUGGCAGAAUGGAUGAGUCCGUUUGGAGGCCAUAUUGAAAUUUCCUCUACGUGGCCCAAUCUCCGUGAGCCAAAAAAAACAAACAUAUGGUUGACUUACUACAAAGUGCCUGUUUUUUAAAAAAAAAAAAAGAUUUUACUGAUAUGUGCAACUGUUUAGUUGGGAUGAUAAUGGCCAUAAAAAACAAGAGUGACCAACCUACCACCAUCCAUGUUUCAGAUUAUGUGGAUCAAAGCACAUAUUUUUCUUGGAAACAUUUUACCUUCUUUGAUAUUUAAAAUGUGCUUUUUACACACAAUAAUAACCCCAUUAUUUUUGGUUUGGUUUUUUUUUUUUUCGACUGUUGUCAUAAAUAAUGAGUUCUUUUGCCAAUAAGGAGAAAAUGGACUCCCCAAUUAUCAGGAGAAAUAUGGUGAUGCAAGGCAAAGGCUGCAUUCCAUUUUAUUUUUAAAAAAACCUUGAACUCUAGAUGAUACAGUUGCAAUCAUACAAUGUAUGGGACCCUGUUCACACAUGUAGUGCAAUUCAACUGGCUUGUAUUGGUGCACAUAAAAGGGAAAGCAUAGAUCAAGUUGUUUCCAAUCUGGUGUAAUAAAUUCAGCUCAUAGCACGUGUUCCAAAAUUGAGUCCAAGCCUUGCUGCAGAUAAAAGUUUGAACUUUUUCCAUUCAUUGCUUUUUUUUGUACUUAAAGAAAUGAGUCUUGAAGUUACCCACCUGACUAGACAACCAUGGGGUUUCUUUUUUGCUUUUGUAUAAUUAUUUUUGCCUUUGUCCAUGAACCAAAAAAACCCUCUAAAAGAAAAAACAAAAUAUUAUUACUGAAGCAAAAAAUGAAAGCGGCAAUAUGUUACUAGAGCCAAAAUGGUAUAGAUAGUAUUGCGUUUGGCUACUUUUUUUUUUAUUAAAUUAUGAAUGUGUAAAAUUUGAGGUUAUUUGCUAACAUGGAUCAUCAUAUAACUUUAAAGGAAUAUUUAUAAUUAUUUAAUGAUGUUUGGACCCUUGAAAUGUUUCUUAAUGUAAUAUGUUGACUUCGGUCUCUAAAAGUGGGGGUUGGGGGGUGUUAAUUAUUACAUUUCUUCAAUGGUGUAAACCUCAAACCCAUACCUGAAAAGCAGUUCCAGUGUGAACUAGUUUACAAUGUGAUUUUUUUUUUUAAAAAAAGCAACCCAAAUGCAUCCAUAUCAAAUGAUUUUGGAUGUAUGAUCUUUUUAUAACUUAUGAAGGAAAUAGUGUAUUUAAAAUGUUAUUUGAUAUCUGGUUGCCUUCAACACAAUCUUGCCUUUUAAUCAGCAAUUACUGAGAUGGUUGAAAAACGAAGAGAGGAAAUCAGUGUUUCUCCCCUCAGAUUUCCCCUGUCUGCUCCAAUUUUUUUCAGAAGAAUUUGAAAAAUUUCCAAUGAAAAAGCAUCACAUGAUUUUGAAUUUUGACAGAACGUUGGGAUUUUCGACACCGUGCCAACAUGGUGACAUUUGGCAGUUUCAGACUGUAAAACUGGCUGGCUGUAUAAUUGCUCAGAAGUGUAAGUCAGGUAGACAUCGGGAAAUUGUCAUCACCGUUGUUCACUGACGUCUCAACCAGCUCUAUGUAACCAUUGGGGGUAAGAAUCUAGACCAAAACGCUUUAGCUUUUUAAAGUGACACCAUUCAUUAGCAUCAAAUGCUAGAGGGGCGAGGACCUUUUUGGUUUGUUUUGUUUUCUUUUAAAGAGAUAUGGCAGUUGUCAUAUUCAAGAAACAAGCACAAGGGAACCACUGCACUGCAGACCAAUGCUCUGCGGGUUCAGUGUUCAGCAAUACGCAGAUCUUCAAACUUUACGCUGAAGAUGACAGUCACCUUAAAGCCACACACAGGGCUCCUAACCAUGGUACAUGGAUACAGGGAUAUGAAAUUGCACCCAUGACCUUUCAGCAGUCUGUCUGCUACCGACCUAUAAAGCUGAGGUACCCACAUUUUGCCAAGCCUGAGGCCUGUAGGUACGGCCUGAUCCAGAGUCAGCUCAAGGGAGUGGGAAUCUUUCUGCUGAUUUUACUUGGCUUUUGGAUUAGGCUCCUAAUGCACACAUUUAACCCUGGAUCCGCAGUCCAUUCAGUGUCAGGAUAAGACUUAAGCAGGUGCUUAAUUUUUAGCCUGAACUUAAUCUCAUUCACCUUCAGCUGCACUUGAGCACGUGCUAAAGUGUUUGCUGAAUUGGGGAUAUCGUAUGGAGGAGAGUGCAGCUACCCUGACCCUCAGUAAGAGGUAUGGCCUGUGUAGGCUCUCAGCUCCCAUCACCCAGCGCUCUCUCACGGUCCAACCAGAUUAAAUCGCAUGUAAUAACCAGUAUUCUCCUUGGGCUGCUACUCCGUCUCGAUAAUGAGGAGAGUCACAGGCUGUACUUGGGCUACCCUCACAAUAAACAGCCAGUGAACGAAGUCACACGGUCUGAUGACUUCAUCGGACAACGUCCACAUUAUCAUAAUCAGUUAAUAGCCAAGACCGUCGUCUUACGAGACUGAACAUUAUCACGGUACAUUCCUCCCAAUUUGGUACGGUUACGUGCUCUUUCAAAAAAAAAUCUUUGCCUUCUAAAGGUUGUAUACCAAGUAUGCUUAAAUGAAUAAGACACUUUUCUAAUACGUAGCGUUCCUUCAAAGAUGGAAGCUGUAAUUGAUUCUAUUUAUUGUUUGUUCGUGGUGGCUUGAAGCGUACCACUGUCCAUUUAUUUGUAACUGUAAAAUACAUUUGUUACUUUCAGCAGCACUUAAAAGCCAGUGUCUGGUUACACAUUUCAGUUUUGUUUUUUGUUUAGUAAGCAAGAGAAAAAAAAAUGUACUGCCAGUGCAAGCUGUUUCCUAUUUAAUAAAAGGUACUAUAUUUGUACAUUAUUUGUUAUUGCUGAGAAGGGCUUUUUAAGAUUUACUGUGUGCAUAUUAAGUAAUUUUUAGGGAUGCUUUUGUGUUCAAAUGUUGUUAGAGUGGCUGCAGGCAGCAACCCAGAUUUUUUUUUUUUUCAAAGACUUUGUUGUAAGACUCAAGCACUUCAUUUCAUUUCUGGAUCAGUCCAGCCUAGACCAGAUUCUUGUUUUGCGCAGCACCCAACAGAGCUCUUUCGUGUGUCCCCGUGUUUCUUUAAACUGGACCAGUAGGGACAGCCUUUCAAAACGUUUACAUACCUGGCUGUGUGAUGCAAAAUGCACACUUAACUUUGUGUGUUUGCCUCCCACGAUCAAGCAGACAAAUGUCUUUACUCUGCCGGCAGGUAAUGUGGGGACUUUCCAAAGCACCUCAGCAUUCAAGUGCCCAAGUUCCAUUGACUUUCAGGGGAAUUUGUGCUCUGAAAUCCUUUUUGAAAAAUCCCCCUCUAUUUUUACUAGUGAUUGUGGUCAAUGCACAGGCAAAUUGGUACACAACUGCCUGUCGAAGCUUUUUGAGAAUGCCUCCAAAUACAUUGGGAGAUGUUCUUGAUUCAGAAUUUCAGGAAGAAAAAAGGUGUUCUAGUUAAUCUGACAGGAUCACUUACAUUAGGAGAUGUGCAUAACAUCUAAAGGAAAGAGGGUCCCUGUUAGAGGUACUCUAGCCCUUUCCUUUGGGGAAUGGCAGUUGGCACAGUUCAUGGAUUUAGAGAUAAAAAAAAAUGGCCUUUGUUAAUCUCCAACUCUCUGAUUGUACCAAAGAUUUCUCUACAGGAGAACUGGUGUGAUGUCCCAUAUCAAAAUAUAGGGUUAUAUUCUUCUCUCGAUAGUAAUGUGAGUCACUCUAUGGAUGUCCAUGAGGCUAGAUGUCUGAAUAGAGCAAGCUGGAUUAGACCCAAAUUUAAUUCGAGCGACGUUUCGACAUUCUUUGUACAGACCAGCUGCUACGUACUCCUUAGUCUUGAACGUCCUGCCAGCAGUCCCCUGAGCAAGGAUUUACCAGUCUCAACAGGUGCCAUCUUGAGUGGGGAAACUUUUGCACUGUCACAUUCAUUGCUCCACCUUGAUUACUGGAGCCUGCUGUUGAAUCUGGGUGACACGCUAAGCCAGGAUUCAGACAGACAAGCCAUGAACAAAAGCAAUAAUUAUAACCUGUACCAGCCAUGAGUACAAAUCAAAGAAGCCCAGUUCUCUGAACCCCUGAAUUUCUUAUUGUUUUUAAAUAUAAUGCAUUUCAUGUUAACAUUUUCUGAGAACUUUUUUAGAUGUUUGUUUACUUCCAUGUUUACAGAUAACUCUUUGCUUUUUUAAUGCAGUACUUUUACGUAUAUCAGCCAAAAACCAUACUUUUACAGUAACCUUUGUUUUAGGUAAUAUGAGUGACAUUCCAUUUUUUUCUUAAAUAUGCUUUACCAGUCUUGAAUUUCUGCUGGAACAAAAUAUUUGUAGCAUUUUGUGUAAAUACAAGCUUUAAUUUUUUUUUAUUUUUUUUUUCAAAUGCUGUUGCCCAAGAUUUGCUUUUCAUGCACAUAUUGUACAAACACAUUCUGCUUUGUGCCACAGACAAUGAUUGUGGAUGAGUUUACUUUAACUUCAAAGGGACUAUUUGUAUUGUAUGUUGCAACUGUAAAUUGAAUUGUUUGGCAUUUUCUCAUGAUUGUAAUAUUAAGUUGAAUUUUGAAUUUCAUUUUCAAUAA